AUGCCUGAGGAGAGACAAAAGACUUCAAACGGGCAGAUUCCAGGAUGUGGGAACAUAGUGACAUUCUCCCAAUUCCUGUUCAUUGCCCUGGAGGGCUUUAUCUUUGAAGCCAACUUUGGGAGGAAGAAGCCAGCCAUCCCCAUCAGAUACUACUUCAUCAUGGUGGCCAUGUUCUUCACUGUCAGUGUGGUGAAUAACUAUGCCCUCAACUUAAAUAUUGCUAUGCCACUGCACAUGAUCUUCAGAUCAGGCUCCCUCAUAGCAAGCAUGGCUCUGGGCAUCAUCAUUCUGAAGAAAAGGUACAGCAUAUUUAAGUACACCUCCAUAGCCCUGGUGUCCCUGGGGAUCUUCACCUGCACUUUCAUGUCUGCAAAGCAAGUGGCAUCUGACUCCAGCUUAAAUGAAGAGGAUGGACUCCAGGUUUUCUUUUGGUGGCUGCUGGGUAUUGCUGCUCUCACCUUCGCCCUCCUCAUGUCUGCCAGGAUGGGGAUUUUCCAGGAGACUCUGUACAAGCAGUUUGGGAAGCACUCCAAAGAGGCCCUUUUUUACAAUCACGCGUUACCACUCCCUGGCUUCCUGCUCCUUGCCCCAGACAUCUACCACCAUGCAGUCCUCUUCAGCCAGUCUGAGCCCUUCCAGGUCCCAGUGAUUGGGCUGACCCUGCCAAUCAUGUGGUUCUACCUCCUCAUGAAUGUCAUCACUCAAUACGUUUGCAUCCGCGGCGUCUUCAUCCUGACCACCGAGUGCACCUCCCUCACCGUCACCCUGGUGGUGACGCUGCGCAAGUUCGUCAGCCUCAUCUUCUCCAUCCUCUACUUCCACAACCCUUUCACAGCCUGGCACUGGUUGGGCACCUCCUUGGUCUUCGUGGGGACUCUGAUGUACACCGAGGUGUGGAACAGCCUGGGGCCCUUCCUGGCCAGCUGGAGGAAGAGGCCCAAGGAGGAGUAA